CCGAUCUAACAGCGAGUCGAACCCAUCCGAUCCGCCGGCCUCUGCACCACGCGCGAAGGCGCCGUAGAGGCAUAGCCGCCUAUCUCACCUGUCGCCACCGCCCUCUUCAAGGUGCCAAAACGCGGGCCACGGGUCCCGCCCGGCUCCCAUGCCUUCUCGUUCUCGCCCCGUAUAAUUCAGGACGCCAACAAGGAACAACGGCUAAGCUCGAGCGCACCACCACUAAGACGAGGGCGAGUUCGCCUCACCAGGCGUUCGUGCGUGCAUGGCCGCGAUGGCAUGCGCCUACGCGUACGAGGGGACCCGGCCACCGCUGAUGCCAGCGACGCCAGCAAGAUCCUCGCAGAUACCGGAGCCGUUCGACGUCGAUGACGGCCGCGGCGUCAAGCCAGCUCUUCCGCUGCCUCCACCAACACCACCGCUACGACCCUCCAAGGUGCCGUCGUCCCUCUUGCCUCACCACCUCGGCCUCUGCACCGAGGGCCUCGGCUCCGAGAGCUCCGGCGACGUCGAUCUUGGUGAUGUCGUCAACGACGUCGACAAGGACGCCAGCGUCAACGACGUCCAAGCCGGGCAGGCCCUGCCAUGCAAUAGGCAGCACCGUGACAGUGACGAGGAGCCGACGAGGACCAGGAGCUGGAGGGCGUUCUCCCCGCCGAUCUCGGUGAUCGGGGCCAGCGGGAAGCCGUGGCUCUACCUCCGGCCUCACCGGGCAGACGGCCGCCUGGUGCUGCGGGAGAUGAGGAUACCGUCCAGGGAGCUGCUCCAGGCGCGCCGGGAGGACGGCCGGUUCAAGCUCCACUUCGCCCAACCCCAACCGGAGGAGGAAUAACUGGUAGAUGCUCAUCAGUACCAAGAGCAAGAACUAGCCCAUUCAAUUGUGCAAGAGAAAAGGCAGGAGCAGAACGAAUAGAACAGGAUUUUAGUUUCUUGCACUGAGGUUUAAUCAGCAAGUGUCAACAAAUUCUGCACGCUAGUAUCGUUCCCUUGUCCCGUAACAUAGAGAUGUAAAUAUAGCGGAAUUUUGUUUAGUUUUGCGUCACUUGUCAAUCAUCCGAUCCUUACGGCUUUGCAGAACUCA